AGCAGUAAUAGUAGCAGAAGGCUUUCAAUAUUGACGCACAUUGACGCUUAUCAAGAAUCCUAUAAUCGCCGAAAUCUGAAAAAAGAUCUGCUGUCAAAUUCGAAGUAAUUUUCACAAAAUAAAGUAUAUUAUUAUAUAUCUUAGGAACAAUGUCAGAGACCGUAAUAGAUGAAAGAGUAACUGACGAAAUUGAAGCACUAAAAGCGAUAUUGCUUGAUGAUGAAUUAAAUAUAAAGGAAAAUGACAGAGGUGAACCAGAAUGUAUUGAAACUGUGUUAUUUCCCUCAACUGGUGAAGAUUCACAGUCUCAAUAUGUUUGUGUAACACUGAUUGUUCAGUUACCUGUGGGAUAUCCUGAUAUAUCACCUACUAUUAGUCUCAGAAAUCCCAGAGGGUUAGAUGAAAAUACAGUGAGACUUAUGCAAUCAGAUGCAGAAGCAAAAUGUAAGGAUUUCAUAGGUCAACCAGUUAUGUUUGAACUCAUUGAGCUAAUAAGAGAACACCUUACAAGAAGUAAUCUUCCAACGGAUCAGUGUGCCAUAUGUUUGUAUGGUUUUCGGGAAGGAGAUGAAUUUACAAAAACUGAAUGUUAUCAUUAUUUUCAUUCACAUUGUUUAGCAGCACAUGUUGCUGCUGCAGAACGAUAUUAUAGAGAAGAACAAGAAAAAUUGCCACAAUGGCAACAAGAUGCAACAAAUAAAUUCCAGGCCAUAUGCCCUGUGUGUAGAGAAUCCAUCAAUUGUGAUGUAGAAAGCCUAUGGUCUGCUCCACCUCCAAUUGAUGUUGAAGCUGCUAUCGAUUUUUCAGUAACUGCAGAGCUGAGAGAAUUACAAAAACAAAUGGCAGCAUUAUUUUUAAGGCAACAACGGAGGGGUGGUAUAAUUGACUUAGAAGCUGAAGGUGUGAAAACAUUGGUUAGAACAGAAGAUGAGCCAGGUGCUACUACUGAAGGACCCAACCCUCCAGGAACCAGUUUAAAUGCAUAUUCAAAUCAAAAUAUGCAACCUGUUGAUCAUAUGCAAAUGCCACAAUCAAAACAGUCCUCACAGACACAAAAUCAUGCUCACUAUCAAUCAAGGCAACUACAUCAUAAUUACCAAGGUCAUAAUAACCAUGGCCAUCGAAACAGAGGUCGUGGACGAACUCAUUAUCGUCGUCAAUUUGACAGAGUUAGGCACACGGAAUCUACUCCCAGAUGACAAUGGGUUCGAGAUAAAUUAUUUACUGUCUGGUCUUCUAUUUUGCCAAGUGUAUACAAUAAUAUGAACAGCAUUAGUAGCAUAAUUGUGUAUGUAUUAUAUAAUAACUGUUUAAUUUCAAAUCACUUUUACAUACUAAAAUUAUAGGUUUCAUUGUUCAACAACAUUCCUGUUAUAACGGUGUAUAAAAUGGGAUAUGUUGAGACUUCCAAUCCAUUGAGACUCCUGAAGCCAUGGUGCUCUUUUAAACGAUCUACAAUCGUACAAAAGUUAGUUCUUUUUUUUUAAUAUAAAUAUGUAUACAGAGCUGUAAGUACUGUAGCAUAUUACAAACAAGCAAAAGAAAGAAAAGAUACCCAAUCAAAAUGUUAUACUAAAAAUAUUUUAUACCAGUCAUUUAAAAUUUAACAGUUUCGGAGUAUAAAAAUAACAUGUAUCACUUUCAAAUUAAUCAUUUUCACAUAAAUUUCAUAACUUACAAUACUCAUUUCUAUGCAAAAAUUUAUUAAUAAUAUAGAUUGUACUAUAUAACAGAGCAGACAUGGAUCAGUGUUUAAAGAAAUACUUGUUCAUUCCUUUUAAAGGAAUCGAAAAUUUCACUUUUGCUCUAUGCAUAUAUUCAGAAGCAAUGUAAAUCUUUAGAAAAAGUAUGUAAUGCUAUUAUAUAUCAAGUUUAACAUGUGAAAUAUACCUUUCUCUCAAGAGUUGAGAACUUUGGUUUAAUGUAUAAAUCAACCACUACUUCUGGAAGAACACUAUUCAAAAAAUAAUGUGAACAACGCAAAAUGUUUUCAAGGCAAAAUGUUUUCUGCAGUCAUGUAGUAUAUAUAUUGAAAAAAUGUAAGUCUUUGAUUUUUGUAAUUUAUUUGUAUUUUGUUUUCUUCAUUUUAUUUUUGAACGUCUUGUUAAAAAAGAGAUUUAUUGUAAAUAUUUCUUUGUUGGGUGCAAAAGUAGGUUCUGUUAAUAUGUAAAAAUCUUCCUUGUAAUUGUGAUAUUUGAAAAAGAGUAAUAACAUAAAAUAGGAAAAAAUUUUAAAGAAUGAAAACAUCAGAUCAUUCCAAUUCAAAUAAAUUAAGAUAUUAAUUUUAUUAUAAUAAUGUAAAUUCUUCUUUAUAGCAAUGGUACAUUUGACAUUAGUUAUAUAUUGUUAAGGUAAUUAUGAUCUCUAAAAAUAGAAUAGAAAAUGCUUUUAUAAACGAUAAAAUGUUUUAGCACAUGUAAAAUUACACAAAAAAGAUUAAUUAUUUUUAUUCUUUUUUAAACAAAAUACAACAUAAAACAAUAAU